AUGACGGAUAAACUUAAAUCAUACCAGUUUCUUAAUACUUUGGGCCAAGGCUCGUUUAGCACGGUCUCAAAGGUGAAAAAUAUAGAAAAUGGUAAUAUAUAUGCAUGUAAAAUUGUUCCGAAAUCAAAUUUAAUUGAUCCAGGUGACCAAAAUAGAUUUCAAAGAGAAAUUAACGCUAUGGCAUUCAUAAGGCACGAGAAUAUUGUAGCAUUAUACGAUUUUUUUUGGGAUACUAAAAAUUUUUAUUUGAUCAUCGACCACUGUGAAGGUGGUGAAUUAUACGAAAACAUUAUUCAGAAUCAGAAGUACGACGAGCCUCUUGCUGCAUUGAUAUUUAAGCAAAUGGCCACGGCUGUCUCCGUUUGUCAUUCAUAUGGUAUUGCUCAUCGAGAUUUGAAGCCGGAGAAUAUUCUUAUUGACAAGUUCCCCCACAUUAAAGUCUCCGAUUUCGGAUUAUGUGGUUACCUUACGAAAGAAAUUAUGAUGCAAACAUUUUGCGGCUCUCCGUGUUUCUGUUCGCCAGAAUGUUUGUGCCGAGUACCAUACGAUGGAAGACUUAGCGAUGUCUGGUCCUUAGGCGUCAUUUUAUUUUUCAUGGUAACUGGAUCUCAUCCUUGGUCCACGACAAACACAUCUGUUAUGCUCCAUCAGAUUCUUAAAGGUGAUUACUGUUUACCUCAAGGUCUAUCUCCCGAACUUACUGAUUUAAUUCAAGGGAUGAUGCAAGUUAAUCCAAGAAACAGAUUUGAUAUGGAUAAAGUACUAAGUCAUCCAUGGCUGAAUAUCAGUAACCAACUUGUCAACGAAAAAUACCCUUGGAUGAAGACAAUCGAAUCUAAAGACAAACUUCGAACAGUUUCCCUUAAAGCAUUGACCAAAGAAUGCGAGAGGAUGGGUACUGUUAGAGAGUUCGGUAUCGUUUCGCCAUUUACUGAAGAAAUCCAAUCAAAUUCAGCCCAGAAAUCUCCGCCAGGACUUCCGCAUCUUCACGUGAUCAAUGUAGAGAAGAAGGUGAAUGCAACAGGAAAUGCUGGUCGAAGAAUUGCGUUUUCGAACUCUGGAAAAUUGAGAACGAAAAUUGCAAAUUAUAGGUCAAGAUCUACAUCCCAAUCAGCUCUUAAUUACCUUGUACCUAGUAGCUCUUCCAAUGUUGAUCUUGCUGGCCUCCUUUAA